ACCACCAAUGGAAAUUAAUGUGAUUUCUCUUCCUUAAAUUCACACCUCCAACAACAGGAGGAAAAAAAUAGAAGGCUAUAUUUUCUCUCUUAGAGAUUAAUAUGGCUCAAGAAUGCACCGAGAGCUCUGUGGCAAUCUCUCCCUCUAUCCCACUAAACUGGUGGGAUCUUCACCAUGCAAAUUCACUCUCUUCGUUGACCAAUACCAGUCCAUGGCACCAGUCAAACCCCAGUUCUAACUCCUCUUGCGAAGAGGAUCUUUCUAUGUCUACAUCCUUUACUAAUGCUUCUAAUCACUCUGGACUAACCGUCGAGUCCGCUCGCCAACUCGUCGAGCCCGCUUCAUCAACCGAAUUGAUGGGCGAGCAUGCUUAUAGCCAUCUCUGGAGCCAAAUUCUACUAGGAGUUGGGAGCAAUGAAGAGUUGGACAACAGUCAAGAUGUUGGAGAAAACUUACUCGACGCUUUGUCAUCCAAGACUUCUAGUACUAUGUCAUCUGGGAUAUUUGGACCAGCUUGUGAUUACUUCAAGAGAAUGGACAGCGAUUGGGAAUUCACGAACCCAGCAUCCCUUAACAACUUUGAAAAGCAUCUAAACGGUUUCAGUGAGAGCUUGAUUGGAGGUGGAAGGUUCAACAAGUUGGUCAGCCAAUUGUCUAUUGCCCCGCCAAACCCGGAAGUAAGACGUCAACUAUUCGAUUCACUGACAUGCAACAUAUCGUUGAGCCCUUCUGUAAAUCAUGAUUACUCCGGCCAGCAUCAGACUUACAGCAAUUCCACACCAUGUUUGAUGGGAGAAAGCAGAAAUUCAGAUUUUCAGUCAUGCUAUGGCCAUGAUCUAAAAGUAGAGAAUGAGCAUCGUGAAAGACCUACGGCUCCAUUUAAUAGCAACGGUGUUGGAUACCACAUUGGCCUUAACAGCUCAGUGGUAGGAGAUAACAGCAAAUACUACCAUGGCAUGCCUGAUGCUACAAACAGAAGUGCAAGAAAUUUUGCAGAUGCCUUAACGUUUAGUAAUCGAUUAAGGAAGCCACUGAUUGAUAUUCAAGUGCCUAAGCCUUGCUUUAAAUCGAUCAAUUUAUCUGAUAGUAGAAACCAAGGACUCCAAACUUCUUCUCCGUCAGGGAAAGGACAUGGAACAACAAAUGAAAGGAAGAGGAGAAGAUCUGAAGAAACUUCAGAGACGGCUGCGAAGAAAGCUAAGCAUGAGAGCUCUACAGUUUCAUCCGUAAAGAUUCAAGCACCAAAAGUGAAGCUUUCGGAAAGAGUCACGGCCCUUCAACAAAUUGUUUCGCCAUUUGGGAGGACUGAUACAGCCUCGGUGCUAUAUGAAGCAAUUCAAUACAUUAAAUACUUGCAAGAGCAAGUGCAGCUAUUCAGCAAUCCUUACAUGAAGACUACGAACUCACACAAGGAUCCUUGGGCAGGCUUGGAUAGAAAAGACAAGGGAGAUGCAAGAAUUGAUCUCAGAAGCAGAGGUCUUUGUUUAGUUCCUAUUUCAUGUACCCCUCAAAUUUAUCACGACAACGCAGGAUCAGAUUACUGGACACCAACUUAUAGAGAGUGUCUAUAUAGGUGAAAUAAGCUGACGCUGUUCUGUUUCGUGUAUCAGCUCUAUGAAAUAAAUUCUAGUUAGUAUAUAUGUUAGAAGAGACCAAAAA